GUCAAUUCUGCGUGAUUUUAGUGAAUGAAUCGAGGGUUUGAGUCUGAUUAUGCCAACUGACCAUGAAUUGUAGUGCGAGAGGAAUGGAGAUAUCAGAUUUGGCGACGUCUGCAGGAAUCAACAUUGGGUUAGCCACCCUGUUUUUGCUGCUGUAUUCGGUGUUUCGGAAGAACCCCAGAAACGCAGGUGUUUAUAGUACGCGGCAGAUGCUACGCGAGAAGCGCAAGGAAGUGAAACGGGAGCCCUUUUCUUUGAACAAUCUUUUGCCGUCGCCGGGAUGGUUGGUCCGAGCUUGGAAUCCGUCGGAGGAUGAGAUCUUGGAGACCGCGGGCCUGGACGCCGUUGUGUUUCUGCGCAUUUUCAAAUUUUGCAUACGAUUUUUCACAAUCUGUACACUGGUGGGGUGUGGCAUUUUGGCACCACUCAACUUCAAUGACACAUACAUUGCUGACCAUCCUUCCGGGAAAGAAGAAGAGAAUGGGACUCUGGAGAAGUUAACGAUCCUUAACAUAUCACAAGGGUCGCCACGGCUGUGGUUUCAUCUAGCAGUACUUUACUUCAUCUCCUUCACUGCUUACAUUCUUCUUUACUCGGAAUAUCGGGAGAUAUCAAUGAUGAGGCAAGCUUAUUUGAUGGAAGCGAGUCCACAACCUGAUCAGUUUUCAGUGUUGGUUCGUGGCAUUCCAAAACCAGAUCCUGAUCAAGGGGAAAAGAGCUACAGUGAAAGAGUAGAGAAAUUUUUCAUAGAGUUUCACCCCUUGCACUACCUUUCGCACCAGAUGAUAUUCCAUUCCAACGAAUUGGAGAGUUUGUUGAAAAAGUUUGACUAUGAGAAAAACAAACUCGCUAAUUUGAAGUCCAAACCUCUUGAUGAACGAAAGCCAUGCCGAACUGGCUUUCUUGGGCUUUUUGGACCGACGAAAGACCGUAUUGAGUAUCACACUCAAAAGUUGGAAGAACUCUUUGGACAGAUUCGUGAGCAGCAGAUCAAUAUUUCUUGCCAGGAAUUACCUGCGGCAUUUGUUUCAUUUAGAACACGAUGGGAAGCUGUUGUGGCUGCUCAGACACAGCAAUCUGUGAAUCCGAUGUAUUGGGUUACAGAAUGGGCUCCGGAACCAAGAGAUGUGGAUUGGAACAGCUUGAAGAUUGGCCAUGGACAGCUGUUCAUACGUAGAAUUUUUUCAGUAGCUGUAGCUACUCUUAUCAUAUUAUUUACUUCGCCUGUGAUAGGAGUGAUCCAACUGUUGGAUAGUAUAGACCGUUUGACGAAAUAUCUGCCCGAUCCCAUCGCCAAAAUUUUGUUCGAAAUUCCUGGGGUGAAGCAGGUGGUACAAGGAUAUCUUCCAUCAUUGCUGACGGUUGCAGUUUUAUAUGGUCUUCCACUAGUAAUGAUGUGCUUAGCCAAGAUUGCGGGCUAUGUUUCAAUCAGCCGUCAAGAGAGGAAAACAGCUGGGAUGGUCUUUAAUCUCUUGUGGAUUAACGUGUUCGUCGUGAGUAUUCUGGGGACUUCAAUUUUCCAAAUCUUGGACACGUACUCCUCCGAUCCUCGUAGUAUUCCUAGGCGACUUGCCGAAGUGAUACCAGGCAAAGCUUAUUUUUUCAUGACAUACAUCAUGACAACAGGGUGGGCAGGGUUCCCACUCGAGAUCCUCCAGUCUAGUGUUCUCAUUUUAAACUACGUGAAACGGAUUAUGGUUGACAGAUCCAGGCCGCUUCUUAGUGAUGUUUGGUCACUACCAUAUUACCGAUGCGUUCCGAACGUUCUUCUAUUCGUAUUCUUGGGCCUUACAUAUUCCAUCAUCACACCUUUGCUGCUGCCGUUUCUUCUUGUAUACUUUGUAUUAGGAUACAUCGUUUUUCGUAAUCAGAUUUUGCAUGUUUAUGAACCAGCUUACGAGACCGGAGGCCAGUUCUGGCCACACGUUCAUGUCCGGAUUAUUAUUUUUCUAGUUUUCCUGCAAAUCUGCUUUAUUGGUGUGUUUACAGUCAAGGGCCUUGGAAACGGAUCAUUCUUCGUUGUUCCUUUGCCUAUCUUUACACUAAUGUUUAACGAAUAUUGCCGACAACGGUUCUUUCCCGCCUUUAGGCACUUCAACAUGGAGUCUACAGUAAAAAAAGAUCAAGCAGAUGCUCGGAAAGGCUUGAGAGAGGACUUGUUGGAACAUAUACGAGUAGCAUACUUACAUCCCGCUUUGAGGCCAGUCGACAUGGAAAGUGCGGAGAACCCCAACACCGAGAGUCUUCUUCCCUCUACAUCUAAAGCAGUGGUGGGAAGGACCAUACGGCAAAUGAGACGUGAUGGAUGUCACCGUUGAGAUUGUUCUUGAGAAAUUCUGCAACUGGGCCGUCCUGUUCCAUGGGAUGCAAAAGCUCAAUGCAUACAUUUGGCAAUUGAACAAAAACUUUGGUCACUUAGAGAUCGACUUGAUCCUGCUCAAGCAUAAACAGCAAGAUUUUAUGAAUUAGCAAGAUUCUUGAUCAGCAAUGGUCCCAAGGACACCUCUUCAUCGGCUAUGUUUGGCAAUGUCAUUCAACUAAUACUCCCACCAUUCCAUCAGGAAACCGAGUGAGGUAAGGAUCUCUCACCAUUACCUGUGCAUCUUCGGGGUAGCAGUUUUGAGCUUGCGCCAUACUGGCUCUCAUUGGCAACGCAUUCGUCAAGUUUAGCUUUGUUGCAAGGCCUGAGUCUUCCUACAGCAUAUUUACCUGAAAAGCCCAAGGAAUAGGUUUAAGUUUCCAUCGGACGCAAUCACCUGCAAAAGCGGGUAAUUUUUUACUACAAUCCAAGAAAGACGAUCACUAACCACAGACGUGACUUCUAGAGACCGCACACAGAAGCCCUUCCAGAGCAUGUUCCGAUGCGUCUUUCCAAUUUUCAUCUCAGCGAGUGACAUCAACUUGAGUUCUUUCUAUUUGGACUCAGCGUAAUCGGAGGCGCCUCGCUAUCAGGCAACGGACUGCCAGGCAACAAUCCCCGCUCCAGCGUGAAGGCAUUGUGAAGAGCUGCUAGAUGAGCGGCCAGCAGCCCCGCCUUAUCGAACCGCUCAGAUGCGGCCACGAUCACGGCCGCAGUGCAAUGCAAUGAGCACAAUGCGAAUAGCAAUUUAGACCGGUUGUUACAACCAUUGCACACGGAAUAUAAAAUGCAUCUGAUGUUGCAACAUCCCGAAACGUAACAGUUAACAUCUCAGUUUGAGUUUUGGUUCAUUUUUGGUUUAGUUUUUUGAUAAAAACAAUGAGGCAUGCGGCCAAUGGGAGAAGGUUUUUAUCUCCUCUUGUUUGUGCAGUAUAUUUUUCUCUCAUGAGCUAUAAUAUA